AUGCAGGAGAAGUUUGCCUUCCUGCAGGUGACGGAGGACAAGCCACAGGGAGAAUCAGGGGAUGGCGAGGAACUCGUGUUCAAUGGUUCCAAGUUCUUCAAUACUGGAGGCGUCGUGUCCGAUGCCACGAUUCUCGAGGGCGUGUUAGAUGGUACCGAGGACCAUAUUUUCACCAUUGUACCCACAAAACAGCCCGGAAUUCAGUUUGGCCAUGACUGGGACAACAUUGGCAUGUGA